AUGUCUAAUUCAAAUAAAGUAGAACAAGAAGAAACGAUACUUCGUGAGUCACAAGAAGAAGAAGAUUUUUACCCAUUAGAUCAAAGUAGUUCCCAUGAAUUGAAUAGGCUGGUUGAGGAAGAAGAUGAUGAACAGAGGUUGAUUCCGAAUGCAGAGGAAAGACAGAGCGAGGUUUUUGAUUUUGGUGAUAACUUAAUACCUCUGUCGUUAACGGAAACUCAAAGGAAUCCGACACAUUUAGAGAAAGAGGUUACAUUUAUGAAUGGGUUGACGUUAAUAGUAGGUUUAAUGAUUGGAUCUGGAAUAUUUGCUUCUCCAGGCCCAGUUGCCGUGCAUGCAGGCUCAGUUGGAAUGUCGUUAAUAGUUUGGCUUGUAUGUGGAUUUUUAGCUUGCACCGGUGCUCUUACAUAUGCAGAACUAGGUUCAGAAAUCCCAAUAUCUGGUGGCGAACAUCCUUAUUUAGCACAUGCAUAUGGAAGUCUACCUGCUUUUUUAUUUAGUUGGACUGCUAUAACAUGUUUAAAGCCAGGAGGAAACGCAAUCAUUGCAGUGAUUUUUGCAGAAUAUAUUAAUCGCAUAAUAUAUCAUUCAAUAUUUGGUGAAGAUACAAGCCCAUCACAUGACACGCGUCUUUGGCUGAACAAGAUAGUGGCAUCCAUAUGUAUAAUAGUAUUGUCAUUGAUUAAUUCAUAUAGUGUACGACUAGCCACUCGAACACAAGAUAUAUUUACAGUCUUGAAAUUGGUUACAUUGGCAGCUAUUGCAGUUAUAGGUUUUAUAGUACUAGGAAAAGGUGGAUUGACCAAGAAUUUUGAGGGUAAUUUGUUUGCGGGCUCGUCUACAAGAUUGAGUGAUUAUACACUGGCAUUUUAUUCUGGAUUAUGGGCUUAUGAUGGAUGGAAUAAUUUGAAUUUCGUUGCUGGUGAAAUGAAAAAUCCUGCAAGAGAUUUACCACGUGUUAUAAUGGUUGGAUUACCUAUAGUGAUUAUAAGCUAUUUACUUGCAAAUGUAGCAUAUUAUGCAGUCCUACCAUCAGCAACUAUAUUGAAAACUAAUACGAUAGCAUUGGAUUUUGGUAAAAAAAUAUUUGGACCAGUUGGUGGAAUUUUUUUUUCGCUCUGUGUAGCAGCAAGUUGCUUUGGUGCAGCUAAUGGCAGCAUUUUUACAGGCGCAAGAUUAAUAUAUGUUGCAGGACGUGAAGGUUAUUUGCCAACAGUAUUUGGUAAAGUCCAUAAUAAAUGGAAUACGCCUACCGCGGCAUUAAUCAUGCAAGCUGUAUUGACUAUUCUGAUGAUUAUACCUGCAUUAUUCUUGGUGAUAAUGCCAUUUACACGUGUUCCAUUAGAAUCAUUGGCAGCGUUAGGAUUUAUACUUGCUGGAAUUCCAUUUUGGUGCAUCAGAGUUAAAUAUAAAGGUCACUUUAGUGUAAAAGCAUUCAUGGAUUAUUUUGUUAACCUUAGUGAAAUAAUUAAAGAAUGGAAAAAUCAACAACGAUACUUUAAACAAGAAACAAUGGAAAUGACAUCAUUGUAA